ACACAAAAACAAGUGAAAACACAGAAAAUCAACAUACAUUGGUUGGGACAAUGGAAGACAAAAAAUAAAAAAAAGGUUCGGUGGGAAUGGCUCGGUGCCUUAGGAUACUUAGAAUAGUUUGCAUUACCCUUUCUUGUUUAUAUUUCUGUUUACUGUGCAUUGGUUUUUGGUUUUCAACUGGAUAUAAAGAAAAACCCUGGAUAUUCUUUUUGAUUCCCCUACUGAUUUGUCGAUGCUUUGCUUCGCCUAUAUUCCCCUUCUGUCUAUAUCAAACAAAAUAGUUCAAAUCAACAUCAGACUACCUCAUUAUGAUUUGCUCAUCAAAAACAAAACCGCUUGAUAGGAAAGC